ACCGCCAUGAGCCAGCCGAGCCGCCCGACCUGCAGCCCCGCGCUGCCUCUCCGCCCGCGCCCCUGACCCCGCACCGCGACCGCACCAGACCACCGACCAUGAAGAGGCAGAACGUGCGGACCCUCGCCCUCAUCAUCUGCACUUUCACCUACCUGAUCGUGGGCGCCGCGAUCUUUGACGCGCUGGAGUCUCAGGAGGAGACGACCCAGAAGGAGACGCUGGACAUGAGGAAGCAGGAGCUGCUCAGCACCUUCAACCUCUCCAAAGAUGACUUUGACCUGCUGGAGAAGGUGGUGCUGCAGCUGAAACCGCACAAAGCCGGCGUGCAGUGGAAAUUCGCAGGUUCCUUUUAUUUUGCCAUCACGGUGAUCACGACCAUAGGAUAUGGCCAUGCAGCCCCCAGCACAAAUGGAGGGAAAGUCUUCUGUAUGCUCUAUGCCCUCCUAGGCAUCCCCCUCACUUUGGUCAUGUUCCAGAGCGUUGGUGAGCGGAUUAACACCUUUGUCAGAUACCUGCUCCAUCGCCUAAAGAAGUGCCUUGGAAUGAGGCGCACUGAAGUUUCUAUGGCCAACAUGGUGACCAUUGGUUUCAUAUCCUGCAUGAGCACACUAUGCGUGGGGGCGAUGGCCUUCUCCCACUUUGAGGAGUGGAGCUUCUUUCAUGCGUACUACUACUGCUUUAUCACUCUCACCACCAUCGGGUUUGGGGACUACGUGGCGCUGCAGAAUAAAGACGCCCUGCAGACCAAGCCGGAGUAUGUGGCCUUCAGCUUUAUCUACAUCUUGACGGGCCUGGCGGUGAUUGGAGCCUUCCUCAACUUAGCAGUACUGAGAUUCAUGACAAUGAAUGCUGAGGAUGAGAAAAGGGACGCCGAGCAGAGGGCUCUUCUUGCCCAUAACGGUCAGGUGGGUGGGCACCUUAACUGCUCCGUAGACCCGGUCUCCCCCUCCUCCACGCCCCCUGGUUGUGGCGGUGGGAGUGCAAUCGGAGGGAGCAGCGGGGGGGCUGCGAGCCGCGGCUUACGUAACGUUUACGCCGAGGUUCUCCACUUCCAGUCCAUGUGUUCCUGCCUUUGGUAUAAGAGCAGAGAGAAGCUGCAGUACUCCAUCCCCAUGAUCAUCCCACGUGACUUCUCCACGUCGGAUACCUACAUGGAGCAGGGAGAGGCUUUCUCCAACCCUCUGCACUCUAACGGUUGCGUGUGCAGCUUGCACCAUCACUCAGGCAUCAGCUCGGUGUCCACAGGUUUGCACAGCAUAAACACCUACAGGAGACUGAAUAAACGCAGAAGCUCUAUCUAAGCAGCUGGAAAACUUUGUUUUACAGUCUACUUGCGUGCAUCACCAUGUGAGGUAGUCCAGCUGGAGCAGACCAUCGAAGGAAGAAAACGCCAACGCUACAGAGAUCUGACUCUACCAAUCUGGGUUUUGUUUUGGAAUUAAAUAAUUUGGUGGUUUGGACUCAGUUUCUCAAAUGAAAACUUGUUAGUAAGGAACUCACUUGAUGAGUCAAAGUAAAAUGUGUGUAUAUAUUUGGACACUUCACAUAAAACUUAUUCUUUUCAGUGAGAGCUUUCAAAAAAUAAAACAAACAAACAUGCUUUUUCCUGUAUUUAUUUUUCCACAAUGCAGGUUCAAACAAGCCUCCUGGUCUCCUUAAGAUUAUUUUUUUCUUCCAUGAGAAAACAUUAGAUCAAAUGAUAUACAGUAUCUCACUGGUUUAAGAUAGCUGUCAUAAACACUGCCUUGCAAGAGUAUAUUGAACUUCUUCAUGCUUGUCACAUCAGAAUCAUACAUUUUAAAGCAUAUUAUUGGGGUAAUACAACAAACAAAAAGUUGCUUGCAAAUGUGAAUGCAGCUUUCAAAAAUUUUGUGAGUAAAAGCCUUAAAAUGUUUGCUGUGAAUUUUUAUUUAAUCUCAAUUAGUCAAUUUAAACAACCUUGUUUUGCCAUGACUUAAUCUGCACAUUUUUGACUACUCUUUUUCCAAAACAUUUCACCCUCAGUCUGGUUGGUGGGGAAAGCAUCCUUGGACAUCAGUUUUAAUGUCCACAGAUUGAUAAUCAUAAACUCUUCCAGUGUUGUUCAGGCUUUAUGUUUAGGAUCCUUGUCAUGAUGGAAUGUAAACCUCAAUUCAAAGCUCUACCCUUUACAGCCGCUGACAGUUUUACCCGUGUUUUCCUUAUCCCCAAUAAGCUCGGACCACCGUUCCUGUCCUUAAUUAUCCCCACGGCAGGAUCCUGCCGUUUCAUAUUUUAAUUUGGGGGUAGUGUGUACAGCGUUUUGCACAGAGGCCGGAAAGUACAAUUUCGGUCUCAUCAGAAUAGAGCACCUUUUUCUGCAUGUGCCCUUCAUGGUUUAUGACAACCUGCAAACACAAGUUGUCUAAGAAUGAUUUUGUUCUUGCUUCUCUUCCGCUAAAGUCAGCUUUUUGGAUUACAUAUCCAAUAUUUGUCCAGAGGACAGAUUCUUCAGAUUUUUCUGGUUCCUUCUCUGAUUGGUAAAUUAUUCAGUGCUCUGUAACAGGGUCAAAGCUUGAGAUUUAGUUUUAUAGCUAUACACUUCUUUGAAUUUCUCUCUAACGUCAUUCUUGACGUUAUAGAAUCACUCUUGAACUUUGUGGAGUGAUUGAUUGUCUUUAUUUAUUGAGGGGUAUCAGCGUAAAGAGGGGUGAAUCAAAAUCAAAAUAAAAGACUUUCAGAUAUUUUAAAAAUUUUAACUUUGUAAUUCAGCAGUACUUUGUGUUGUUAUCUCAUAAAAUCCCAAUAAAAUACAUAACAUUUUUAGAUUAUGACACGACAGAAAAGUAAAAGGGUAAAAACACAUCUGCAAAGCACAAUAAAGAUCCGACAUGCAAUGUCACUGUUGACCACUAGGCUUCCUUUGCCACUUUUCCCCUUAGUUUUAUAAAAUCACUAUGAAUUUAUUUUUUCAUAGGUUGUCCUUAUGCAUUAGUCUGAAUUAUGUACAUGUUCUCAUCAUAUGUUUUUGUGUAGCUGGACUAUAAUCUGAAAUCUUAAAUCAGAGCAUGUAAGCUCACCUGUGUAUUGUAGAAAGGCAUAUCGUAUUCACUGCUGCACCUUAGAGAACUGUUUGUGCUUUCAGACACUGGAACUCAGUGUCUGACAUAUUUGAUUCUUUUUAAAUGAAUCCCACCAUGUUCUGUUAUGUAAAUGAUAAGACCUAACUCCUAUUACUUGUCGGGGAAGUGAGAGGCAUUUGGAUUGAUGCUCUGUGCUUUGUGCACCUCACAAACAAAGAAACAGCCUCAGAUUUUGCACGUCUUGCACUUAAAGGGGCGGUGGGGCAUUCUCCAGCCCCACAUUCACUUGACUCAACCAAUUGAGGUCUUUUAUGCAGUGUUCAUUUUGUUUCAUGGAAGAAUUGACAUUUGUCUUUAUUGUAUUUCUGUAGUUUAUCUUCACAGUGAGUCAUUACGGUUUUCAGUUUUUCUUUUCUACUGGAAAGUUCAUGACUACAGUAAACCUGUUAGCGUUUUUCAUCAACUCACUACUUGAUGAGAAGAGCUGUGUGUGUUACAUGUACAUGUUUUUGUUUUCU